UGGAUGCUGGUUUUUCGCGAAUUUCCUUAAUUUCCCAGCAAAUAAUCAACACAAUCAUGAACAAUCCAAGUGGAGGAACAGGAUUCACAUUCGGCUCCCCAUCGACUCCCGGAUCCAUAACUUUUGGCACCACAGGAGGAGGCGAUGCGGGUCUUAAGCCACAAUCCACGCCACUCCUCUUCUCCGCCACACCUGCGACGACAAGCAGUGGCGCCAGUCUGUCCUUUGGCACCUCCGCAACGUCCGGAAUCGGCACCGCGAGCAGCACUGCGUCUCCCUUCGCGGGAUUCACGCCAGUCAUCACGUCUGCAGCCACAACUGCAGCCGCUCCUGCCGCGGCGGGCUUCCAGCUCCCAUCGGCAGCGCCCGCGGCCACCACGGGCGCCAGCCUGUCCUUCUCGAUGCCCGCCGCGACCACGGCGAGCUUCAGCGGCUUCCGCAUUCCCACCACGGCCACCCAAGCGGGCGUCACGGUGCCUGGCCAGCAGAGCACCCAGGGCGCGGCUGUGAAUCUCAACACGGCCACCGUGACGACGGCCUCGUCGCAGCAGAGCGCCGUCGGGCAGCUGAACCUGUGCCAGCUGGAGGAGUGCAUAAACAAGUGGACGCUGGAGCUGGAGGGCCAGGAGAAGGUGUUCACCAACAAAGCCACGGAGAUCAAUGCCUGGGAUAAGAUCCUCACGGAGAACGCGAAGAAGAUCGUGAACCUGCACGAGUCCGUGGAGAGCGUGACGGCGGAGCAGAAAGUGCUGGAGCACGAGCUGGAGAUCAUCGCGGCGCAGCACUCGGAACUAGAAGAGUGCAUCAAGCCGCUGGAGAGCGAGCUGGCCAAGAUGGUGCAGGUGGACGGAGAGCGCGCGCAGACGUACAUGCUGGCCGAGAACCUGGACACGCAGCUUAAGCAGAUGUCCGAGGAUCUGAAGGAGGUGAUUGAGCACUUGAACGAGGCCAACAAGGAGCGCGACCCCAACGAUCCCAUCGUACAGAUCGGCAAGAUCCUGAACGCCCACAUGAGCUCGCUGCAGUGGAUCGAGUCCUCCACCACGGCCAUCUCCAGCAACCUCGAAGAGAUUCCCAAGCUCCUGGAGACCAUCAAGAGGGACAACGACCGCUCGGCGUGGAUGAAGUAGUUUCCGAUU